AUGUUCUGCAAAGCAACCUUGAUCCCUGUGACCCUCGCCCUCCUCACCACCACGAGCUCCAUUGUCCACGCACCCGGUGUCAAGGUUGCACUGGAGGAGCGCAGCACGCUGACUCGUGCUGACAGGACCUUUGACCAUGAGAAUGUGAUCCUGGAUGGCAUCAAGAUUCAGAACAAAUACCAGAGGAACCUUCGGAACCUGCUGGCGAAUACGGACAGUCUUCCCAAGGGCUGGGAGAUCAAGGACUUCAUUACUGUCUCUUCCUCCUCAGAGAAGCAUGCUGUUGGCAUCGAAGCUCUUGCUAAUGACAAAAAUGUCGAGUGGCUGGGUCCUAUCACCAUCGGUACUCCUAAUCAGCCCUUCAACAUCCAAAUUGACACCGGCUCGCCCAAUCUGUGGAUUCCCAGCUCAUCCUGCGCAAAUCCGCUCUGCAACGGCAAGAGCAAGUACAAUGCCUCAGCAUUGUCUACUUCUUCCCAGAAGAAUGGCACUUUCAUAAUCAGUUACGGUGACAAUUCGACUGUCUCUGGCCCUAUCUACACUGACACUGUGAUUAUCACUGGACUCACCACUACUGACCAGUACUUCUCUUCAGUCACCAUAGUCUCGGCCUCUUUUGGGAAACAUCCUUCUGAUGGCAUCCUGGGUCUUUCCUACGGCUCUCUCUCUUGCCUUGGCGGAGUAUACCCGUUCUUCAAUACCCUGAUCAACCAGAAGAAAGUCAGCAUGGGCAAGUUUGGCUUCACGCUAGGCUCGGUCAGCUCGGAGCUGUACCUUGGUGGCACUGACACGUCCAAGUAUACCGGCUCAAUCGAAUACCAUGACGUCGUCACAUUGACAGGUCUCUGGAUGGCAACUGGUGCGAAGAGCCUGGUCGGCCUUACGACUAUGAGCAGUGGCUUCAACAUGAUCAUCGACUCGGGUAAGACGUAUAUGUACGCUCUGCAGGCCAUGGUCAGCGCCUUCUACGUGGCGAUCCAGGGCAGCUUUAUCUUCAAAAGCAAGACUUGGGAGGUCACUAACGCCAACUUCAACCGCGGUGAGACCUCUAUGGGCAGCAGCCAGUGCGUUGGUGCACUCAUUGCCACGAGCAAGGGCCUUGGUCUCGGGGACAACACCUGGCUGCUCGGUGACGCCUUCAUGAAGAACGUCUACACUACAUUCUCGUUCAACUAG